CAUUUUUUAUGCAUCAUAUCCAAAAUUUUUAUUGUAGAAACUUGUAGUAAAUUAAUCAAAAAUUUAUAUCUAGGAAAUUUUAGGAAGCAGCUAUUAUCAUGGGAGAUGCUGAUUCACAACCUUUAAUACAGAGAAGACAAGAUGCGGAGGAUAUGAAUGCCCUUCUAGACAUUGUGGAGGAAAACUUGAAUCAUUUACAUCAAGCAAUACACGAUAUGGAGCAACGCAUCAUACGAACGUUUGAUUUUCAAGCAAAAUGUUAUGUGGACUUUCGGAAGUUUUUCUUAGCUAUGAACGUGCUCUUGAUUCUUUUGUUUGUAGCGACAGUCACAUGUUACAGCCUCGAGGAGCUAAUAAUGAAUAAUGAAACUCAGGAGUUUCUGAAUGCUACAGUUGUACUUCUUCUGAACAUGCUUGGCGGCAUUGCUGUUCCAUUAUAUCUUAGCGCCCUCUGGUCAAUAUAUGCCUUUAAUAUCCCAUGUGAUGUAUUCUUAGAUGAUUUUUCCAGUGACUUAGAUGAUAUCAAUGAAGAUGCGCCUAAUUCAGAUGUCAGUCGCGAAGAUUCGUCUACUAUCGAAAGUCGGGACUCGUUGAUUCUAUCCGAUGUGCUGGAUGAUGGCGAACUAUCAGAGACUGGUAGAAAUUUUACUCCAGAAGUAAAUCUUCUACAGUGCAAACAAAGCCAAGAUCUUUUAUCUUACUACAUAUAACACUGUACAUAUCUAGUAUCAAGC